UCGCCCAGGGAGACGCGCCCUGUGAAGUCCCGACCAGGCUCCGCCCGCUAGGGUCUCCUGUGACCCGGACCGCAUUGGCGGCCCUGCGGGCGGGAUGUUCCGGGGUUUGAGCAGUUGGUUUGGCUUGGAGCAGCCGGCGCCGGGUGGCCGGCAGUCCGAGGGAGAUGGGCAGCCUAAGGGAGACGCUCCACCCGAGCAGCGCUCCGAGGCGGUGGCAGAGACAGCGGAGGGGGAACCUCAGCAAGCCGGGGACCAGGAGCUCCUUCAUCAGGCCAAAGGCCUCGGCAACUAUCUAUUUAACUUUGCAACUGCUGCUACAAAAAAGAUAACUGAAUCAGUUGCUGAAACAGCACAAACAAUAAAGAAAUCAGUAGAAGAAGGAAAGAUAGAUGACAUCAUUGAUAAGACAAUUAUAGGAGAUUUUCAGAAGGAACAGAAAAAAUUUGUUGAGGAGCAGCAUACAAAAAAAUCAGAAGCAGCAGUGCCCCCAUGGGUUGAUAGUAAUGAUGAAGAAACCAUUCAACAACAAGUCUUGGCCCUGUCAGCUGACAAGAGGAACUUCCUUCGUGACCCUCCAGCUGGCGUGCAGUUUAACUUUGACUUUGAUCAGAUGUAUCCCGUUGCCCUGGUCAUGCUCCAAGAGGACGAGCUCCUGAGCAGGAUGAGAUUUGCCCUCGUCCCGAAACUUGUGAAAGAAGAAGUGUUCUGGAGGAACUACUUUUACCGCGUCUCCCUGAUUAAGCAGUCGGCCCAGCUCACGGCCCUGGCAGCCCAGCAGCAGGCCGCCGGCAAGGAGGAGAAGAGCCGCGGCAGAGAGGAUGAGUCGCCGCUGACAGAGGCAGUACGGCCCAAAACACCACCUGUCGUAAUCAAAUCUCAGCUUAAAACCCAAGAGGAUGAAGAGGAGAUUUCUACCAGCCCGGGUGUUUCUGAGUUUGUCAGUGACGCCUUCGAUGCCUGUAACUUAGAUCAGGAGGAUCUGAGGAAGGAAAUGGAGCAGCUGGUGCUGGACAAAAAAGAGCAGGAGACGGUCGUGCUAGAAGAGGAUUCUGCAGAUUGGGAAAAAGAACUACAACAGGAACUUCAGGAGUACGAGGUGGUGACAGAAUCGGAGAAACGAGAUGAAAACUGGGAUAAGGAAAUAGAGAAAAUGCUGCAGGAGGAAAACUAGCUGUCUCCUGAAAUAAAGGAAAAAUCCUUAAUGCUCUGUAACUGACAUUAAAUUCUAGGUGUCGACCUUGGCUGAAUCAGAAGGCACAAGAGUAUAAUAACUUCAUGAAAUUAUUCUUUUUUCAAGCUGAAACUUGCCUCUUUAAAAAAUAGGACAGUUAUUCUAAUAAUCAAAAAGAUGUUUUAUGGAACAUUUCUUUGCUAUAAAUCUCGUUAAAGAUGUUCUCGUAGUAGCUGCACACAUCGUCACAGAAACACAAGUAAAAUUUUAGAGAUAAGUUUUCUGUGAGGUAAAAAAAAGAUUCUUCACUUGUGGUUUUCUAAACAUUUGUACUUGUUGCAUUUUCGUUGCUACAUAUCUGUUAAAGUACUUACUUAAUGGAUUGAUAACUAUCAAAACGACCAAAUUGUACCAAAGAAUUGAAGAGGAAGCACUUUCAGAACUAUUUUCUUGCAAGUAUUUUCUAAAACUCCAUCUGGAAGCCAAAAGAUAGAAUAAUUACACUGAUUAUAAUGAUAAAAACAUCACACCACAGUUUGACCUUGAGAAAUACUGUGCAAGAAUAUUUGUUUUUCUUUGGGGCCUUUUUUUUUUUUUAACUAUACCACAUAUUUAAUAAUGUUUUCCUAAAUUUCACAUCAUGGUUUUCGUGGAAAGCAGGAUCUUUCAUCCUUUUUGUAUUAAUGACUGUCAGACGCCUGUUCCCCUUCAAGUCUCGUGUUGUUUAAAUUGUCACCACAUAUAAAUGUUUUUGCUUUUUUUUUGUCUUAAUUAAACUGUCAGUCUUUAUAAAA